UUUCUCGCCACCAGGACUCGCUAGUCCUGUGGCAUCGACAUCGUCGAAGGAAAAUAGCUUGCAGCGUAGUCUGACCAAGUCUAAGUCGCAGCCGAAAGUGUCAAGCUUGAACAAGAUUCAAGUCACAACGCGAAAACGCGUGCCUGUUCCCCCUGUUGUCGACUUGUCCCCAAUCAAAGGCUCGCCAACGGCGUCUCCGGCGAAACAACACGUCAUGGCCACCUUGAACAACAAUAGCAGACGAACACGCGAUAAUUUGCCGCUUGCCCCGAAGGACACUAACAGGGUCAAGGCAAAUGCGCAGCCACCAGUCAAACCUCUAUCCGAGCUGACAGGGAACCGGGCGCCCGUCAAGCGGGACUCGGUGCGGGACCGAGUGAGGGAGUGGGAAAGAGAAAAGGAGAGACUGAGAGAGAUGGAGAGAUUGGAUGAAUUGGAGCGGGAAAGAGAUGCUCAGAUUGAGGCUGAACGUGCGAAGAAACAACAAGAGGAGGAUGAGAAGGAGAAUAUGCAGCAGCAACAGCCGCAGCAGAUUCCAUCGACACCAGCUCCCAAAACUCAGGUGUCUACCGCCCCGGUGACUUCUCCUCGCAACCACAGCUUCAACAUCCCUAGCUUCAAGCACAGUGUGAAGCUGUCUUUCGAUAAGACUCUACAAUUCUACAAAAAUACGACGACCGCUGGCCGGUCUUCGAAGACUUUGGACGGCGGCGAAUCGCAGCAUAGCAGUACGAGGCGCGAGUCUUGGGAAGAUGAAGAGUUUGAACGGGAUGUGAAAUCUUCGCUUCCCGUCGUCCGACACGCGUUGCACAAUGAACGAGUUGCGGAAGACAACCGAAUGGAUCGGAUGGCUAUUUGGAUGCGCAACGUCGAGCGUGUAGUCGAAGAUACGCGCCAGAACUUCGCCUCGUCCUCGACCGAAGUGACGCCUCUGCCUCCGCUGCCGCUUCCGGUCUCCCCCAUUUCCCGCGCCAUACCGAGAGUCCAGACCAGCCGCUCGUCUCGCUUGCCUCGUAAGAUUCUGGCCGCAAGUCAGAUCUUUUCGGACGCGGACUCGAGCAUGAAUAUGUCGUCUAUGGAUGUUGCGGCGAAUACUUCUGCUGGUGCUGGAUUCAGCGAAGGAACGAGCCAGAUCAUGGCUCAGUUGCGUACUCCUGUGCGUCCGCGGAGAGCGACUGUCAGCACUGGGUCGCCUGGAGAUGGAGCUGACCAGUUGGAGACUGGAUCUCCAUCGAAGCGCAAAGAGAAGAGCAGAUCUCACGCGGACCUGAUAGACCGACGGAUUUCGCCGUUGGAGCAACUGGAGAAGGAGAUUGCUAAACCGAUCGUCUCGGCUCCUUCACCGCGACUGGCAGAUGUUCUGGACCGGAGUUUGAUCAUUGCGUCGCCAGUAUCCAAGCGCUCUGACGACCGCAGCCGAUCAUUCGACGAGCUCAACUCUUCACCAUAUCACGUUGAACCAUACAAGGUGCAAUCUCCUGCGGAAAUUCCCGACUCUCCCAGCGUGCGGCGUAUGGAAGGUGUCUAUGAUCGGUUCCUGAUGGCCACCACCGGUGUGAAGCGUGUCGGAAAGGGCUACCAAUCAGAUAACGCCGGACCUGUUUCGUAUACCGUCGGCGGGGCAGGCAAGGAGAACCAGCGACCUGUCCCCCAGAGGCAGUACCGGACGUUCAACUCGGCGCGUCGGGCGAUGCAGCCACCGGUGUCGAGCGAGGACUACAAGCGCCAGAGUGCGUCGGUCGACGAGUUGGGGAUGAUGACGUACCCUGCGGCACCCUGCACCCCGAAGGAGCAUGGCACCAACACCAACACCAUCACGCUUGUUCGCCGAGCGUUCAAGGCAUUCGUCCCUGGCUCCAAGCGCAUUUCGAGGGUCGGCAACUAGGCUCUCAUGUGCGUCUAUUUAUCCCCCCCACCGGUACAUCCCACAUUCUUUCGAACAUUUAUUUCGACUUUCUGCCGCUGUGUUAUCAUUAUCGUCUCUUGUCAAUGUUCUUUGCUUUGCUCACGCUAUGCUACGACCUGCUACUACGUACUUACGCAUUACCUCACGCAUCUGCUCAUGCUAUCUAUUCCUCACCUCACGCUUACGCUUACGCUGUCGAUGAUUCUUCUGCUUACUCUUCAUUUGUAUACGUCCAUCUACAACGUCUUCUUAUGUUUACUGUAUCACUCAGAAUGCUCAAAGUGAUUCCAAGCAGAAUCUGCUGAAUAUGUAUCGUGGAGCGUGGUGAAAGCACACUCCCGCUGGACCUAUUUUGGACAAGGUAUUCCAGCACAUCCGUCACGUGCCAGUGCUCUUGUUCCCAAUCCAGAACAAUGCCCCUAGGCGCAGAAGAAUGCUUAAAGGAGCCCUGCCCCAAAUGUGCCCGGCAUUUACGCCACAAAGCGCCUUUAACUAACUUCUCUGUCGACGAUCCUCCGCAUGGAUUCCCUAAUGACACCUGCCCACUCCCAACGACUCAAGUUCCUGCGAUCCAUCCGGAAGCUCGGAGACUUGAUCACAGACUCCUCGACGUUAUUGGAGGGACCACUGUCUCCGACAUCUCCGAUAUUGGGACCCGCACAAGGUUCCUCCCGCGCCUUCCUGUCGCUGCGCCUGUCGUCAAAAGAGCGCGCCCUCCGACUCUCACCGUCGGCGGAAUACCCCGCGAUCUCAAUCUCACCCUCAUUCAACGUCAGCCUGCCGCCGAGCCCGAGCGACUGGGACUCCGACACGGACGCGGUGGCGUGCGACCCGAUCCAGAAGCUGGCCAAGGUGCAGCGCACGCUGGGGAGCAACGUCCCGCCUUCGCUUGUGCUGGACUCCGUGCUUGGGGGUGGCGGAAAGCGCACCUGCAACCGCAACCGCUCGAGCACCGUCAGUGCGGCGCCCGAGUGCACGGCCGCGUCGGGCGUUGUCGCGCGGCGGAGGCGACAGCCGCACGCGCGCACUGGAUCGCGCGCGGCCCUCCGCCACGCGUCCUCUUCCUCUUCAAUGCAUAGUGCGGCCGUCCCGGGGGACGUGGGCCAAGAGUCGGAGGAGCCGUUCUCGUUCGAGCGGCUGAUGCCCGUCCCGUCUGGCGCCGGUUCCACGCAGGCAGUGGGAUCUGACGACCGGGACUCGGACGACACGAGGAGCGGGAUGUACAGGAAGGAGGUGGGAUGGAGUGGGGAAUGGAGCGGGGACGUUAGGUGCUUGGAGGAUGUUGUAAAGGGGUUGCGCGAGCUCAGGUCGAGCUGAGGUGCCUUCUUUUCCGCCUGGCGCGCGUAUGUAUCAUUUCUCGGAACAAUGUGUAGCGAUAUUGGCCACCCACACUCUAUCUUACUUUACCAUUCUGUAGUACUUAUGUGCAUGUAUCGAUAAUUUUUCGCCGUGGGCAGCAUCGAUUUCAGAGUUGGCGC